AUGGAGCUACCAGUCGAGGUCAUUGACCAGAUUCUCGACGACAUUAUCGAGAACGAGCCUGCUGCCCCUCGCCUUUCCCGGUGUGCAAUCUUCGGAGCGAAGUGGAAGUUCGCUGUCGAAGCUCGCACAUUCCAGGAGAUAAAGAUCACCAACAGAUACCAGGAUAUUCAACAGUUCCACGCCGCGUUCAACACGGACAAGAGCCGGCAGACCAUUGUGAAGGUCAUCAACUUUGAUAUCAUCUUGCCAACCUACCCGAAGUAUCGUCGUCAUCAGGCGGAGACUGUUCAUGAGAUCAGACUCAACAGAACCGCCUUCACGUCAGCGAUUCACCGUCUGUUCACCACUCUGGGGAGCUGGAACCACGAACUCCCGGCUCAAGGAAACGAUCUGCGCCUCUGCCUGAAUGUAUACUCACCCUCUGAUUACGUUCGAUGUUUCGGAAUGCAGAUUACUCAAGGAUGGGUUUAUCCACGCUUAGACGGCAAAUUCCUACACCUCGCCCUCUGUGAGUUCCUCCGGAACCCAGGCGCGCGUCUUCUGGAGGCCAAAUCUGUCACUGAGCUGGAAUGGGACGGUCGACCGCUCCAUCCAACAGCAGUUGGCUCGAUUUUGAAGGCGUUGCCUCAACUCAAGGACGCCUUCAUGUAUCUCACCCAACCGGCCAACCGACUGAAGGUUGAAAAGCUUCAGCACCGCCAAGCACUCGCAUCAUCUCUAGUAUCGUUGAGCCUUGCUCACCUGACGCAUUUGACACUUGACUAUCCCCAGGACUACGUGUCCAACCAUGACUUCGUUCCCGGAUCACUAUGUGAUCCUAAUGGGCAAGAUCGGCUUUCGCUUGCGAUCCACACUAUUUGCCAACAGUCUCCGAUCCGCCAACUUGUACUGGGUCGAGAUUUCAACGUGUCUCGCGAGCUAUUCUUCGGCCGAAACGACCGACUCGAAGUCGGAGAACUCUGGCCUUCGAUGGAGGUUGUCACGAUCAUGGCUAGUGUGAUCGCACCUGACGGAGGUUACUUUCUUACAGGUACGAAGCCUCGGGGUCGCCCGCGCUACCGCACCCAUGGCCGACCCGGCCGCGUUCGUCGCCUACAGAACGGACAGGAGCCGUAUAACCCUUGGCGUAACGAGAUCGACCACGAGAAAGUCAAACCGAUGAUGAGAGCCGUAACAACUGCAAUUUUUCGCAUGCCGCGACUCGAGAAAGCCGAUUUCUCCAUCGGUUCUUUCACCGUUCGACUUCGGUACCGCAAUCCCGGCCGUAAGGACGGUAAGGCCAACGACGAAGAAACACUGAUAUAA